CAGACCCUACAGGUCACUCACACUGACUCUACAUAACUCUAUGAGCCUGAGGCCUAAACACACUUCACUCAGGAUCACCGGCUUCCUAUUCCAUUCUGAAGAUUUCUUUAAGAUAAGGCCAGAUAGAGGAGUCAUUUCUGGAUUAAGGGAAUUCUGUGUGCUGUGGAGUGAUCUACUAAAGAGACCCCAGGCCUGCAGGAGGAAGAGAGAAGGAUGAAGAGACAUUACAGAGUGAGUGAGAGAUGAGAGGAAAUCAGCAGCUAUGAAGAAAACAGCAGCCUUCACAUUCUGCUUUAUUACAGCGACGUUCGUCCUGCUUACAGUUGGAGCUGAGGUGGACGUGUGCGCCUCCUGCCAUGCUAACGCUACCUGUGAGGAUAAAACAGAUGGAUCUGGAGGGAAAGUGUGUAACUGCAUGUACGGCUUCGUGGGAAACGGGAGAACUCACUGCCAAGAUAAGGACGAGUGUCAGCUGGGCAGGAUCUGUGGUGACCACACCAUGUGUCACAACACGUACGGCAGCUACUACUGCACUUGCCUUCAGGGUUACAGACCCUCCAAUAACAUGGCUGUCUUCAUCCCCAACGACGGCACCUACUGCCACGAUGUGGACGAGUGUGUGGUGCAAGGUGUGUGUGGAGAGGGCGGAGUGUGUGAGAACAGUGAGGGGGAUUUCUCCUGUACCUGCCAAACUGGAUACAGAGUUCAGAGUGGAUCAGAACCGUUCCAGCCUCACAGAGACUCCGCCUACUGCGAAAUGGUAGACUGUGGUCCUCCCCCCUCUGUUCCUCAUACAGUCCAGCUCUCUCCGUCUCUGACUCGUUUUGGCAGUGUGGUGAGGUUUGGCUGUGCAGAUGGCUUCGUGUGGAGAGGAGGAGGAAACACCUCCAUCUGCACCGCUGAUGGACACUGGAACGGUCCCAGCAUGCACUGCGAAGAGGUGAACUGCGGUGAGCCGCUCUCUCUGCCCCACUCAGAGCGGCUGUGGGGGGGUCGCUCCAGCCUGGGCUCCACGGCGCUGUAUGUAUGUGUGACUGGGUUUUAUAACUCUGGAACUCAGAACACCUCUGUAUGCUCUGCUAUUGGGAGCUGGAGCCACAUCAACUUCCUGUGUAGAGAGAUACAGUGCAGCACCCCUCCUCCCCUCCCCCACACUGUAGUACUAUGGGAUGGCAACAGUAAGGUGGGAUCUGUAGCUGUGUAUGAGUGUGAAACUGGAUAUCGGAUGGUGGGUUCAGGGCACGAGUCGGAGUGUAACAUACACGGACAGUGGACUCGCACACACGUCACCUGUGAAGAGAUCCGGUGUGGGGAGCCUCCUGUAGUGCCCCACAGUGGCCGGUUGUGGAAUGGCAGCGUGAGGUUUAACAGCACUGUGAUUUAUUAUUGUAAUGAAGGAUAUUAUCCUGCAGUGGGAGAGAAUAAGUCUGUGUGCACUGAGAACGGUUCCUGGAGCAAAACAACUCUAACAUGCAGAGAGAUAAAGUGUGGUGUCCCCCCGUCUUUCCCUCAUGCUGUAAUGUUAUGGAACGGACUCAGUAAGGUCGGUACAGAAGUGCGCCAUAAGUGCAAUGACGGUUUUUAUAAUAUUGGAAAGGAGGACGUGUCCGUCUGCUCCAGCAGAGGAACCUGGAGCCUCCCUCACUUUCUGUGUCGAGAGGUAGACUGCGGUGCCCCUCCUCCCCUCCCCCACACGGUGCUGUCCUGGAACGGCAGCUCCAGUCUGGGCUCUGUGGCUCUGUAUGAGUGUGAGGCUGGAUAUGGCAGUGUGAGUGCGGAGAGCCAGUCGGUGUGCGGCUCCAGCAGCCGGUGGAGUCCAGUUCACCUGCACUGUGAAGAGAUCCGCUGUGGUCCUCCCCCCUCGCCCCCCCUCACCCAGCUCAGCUGGAACGGGUCUUCUGUCCCUGGCAGCGUGGCGCUUUACUCCUGCCCUCAGGGUCUCCGGCUGGAGGGUCACAAAAACUACUCCACCUGCACCACCAAGGGGAUGUGGGAGACGGUGUCCAUCACAUGCAGAGCGUACUGCGGGCCGACUCCGCUAGUGCCCCACUCUGAGGUGCUGUGGGAGAACAGCACUGUGGUCGUCCAUCGCUGUGCUAAAGGAUACUACAGCCGCACAGGAAGUGACAAAUCAGUGUGCGGCAUGACAGGAAGGUGGCAGGUGGCCACUCUGCGCUGCAGAGAGGUGAGGUUUGCGGUGAGGGGCUUGACGGUGUAUAAUGAAAGAUGCCUGCGCUGGAAAUCGGAGGCAGAGACAGAAGAAUACAGAGAGCAGUAUAGAGUGACGUUUAUUGGACAAAGGGACUUUGACCAUUUGUUCACUGACCGAAGGAGGAAGCUGUUCAGUUCUGCAGCCCUUCAGCCGGUUCUGUGUUUAAACCUUCGGCCGGCCACUAAUUACACCAUCACUGUUACUGCAGAGUCUACUGGAGACACAUCUACUGUUACUGCAAACACUAGCUUACCAGCUCCUCCCACACCUGUGGUCAGGUACAGUGAGGUGGACAUUCACUUACCCGUGCUCAGAUUGCACAGAGCCACCAGUACACUGGACCCCAUAUGUGUGUAUCAGGUGAUUGUGUUACCUGUGGAGGGCGUGUUGGUGUUUGACUGCGACUCGUCUCUCGUGGCCCGGCAGAGCUGCAGUGGUGAAUACAUGGCGGCUGAGAUGGAGCUGAGGGGUCUGGGGACGGACGUGAACUUCACUUUAGGAGACCGCCAGCUUUACGGAGAACUCUACAACGCUCCACUGGAGACGGGGAGAGAUUAUUACGUCAUACUGCGCACAGUCUGCCAGUGGAGGCAGGCUAGAAAGCAGUCCUGCGUUAUCUGGGCCAAAGCUAAAGGAACGUCAUACGGCACCACAGUGUCUGCUCUGCUGACCUUUGGCACCAUCGGGGCUCUGGGCGUGAUGGGCACUAUGGGCUACUGCUGCAGCUGGUUCUGGAAGGUAGCCAGGCCUUGACGGAGUAUAGAAGUAGUUUAUAAUUGUUGGCUUGUAACAAAAUAAACAGAUUUGUUAAAAAAAAGUCUUGUCUUUUCUUUUUGAUUUUUUUAAUAAAGCUUAAUAUCAGUUAAUAUCAAAACUUACCUUACCAUGGUGGAUGUUUAGAUAGGCAUUCUACUCUAUUUCUAUGGUUCUAUAAAGGGCCAAAAUCAAAUUUACCUCACUAGAUAAAAGAGUAGCAUAUGGUAUGUAAAUGUUGCUGGAAUUUCAAAACAUACAGUUCACACUCCAGUCGAUAAAAC